GAACCGGAGCGUCACUGGUCCGAAGGCGGAGGGAGCGGCGGCUGCUGCAGGAGGAGGGAGCGGCCCCUUGGCUCUGCCUGCGCUUCCUUCUUCGCUCAGAGGCCGCCAUCGCCGCCAUGGGGGGCUCCCGCGACGACGAGUACGACUAUCUCUUCAAAGUGGUUCUCAUUGGGGACUCCGGAGUUGGAAAAAGCAACCUCCUCUCUCGUUUCACGCGUAACGAGUUCAACCUGGAGAGCAAAAGCACCAUCGGUGUAGAGUUUGCCACCCGGAGCAUCCAGGUGGACGGCAAGACCAUCAAAGCUCAGAUCUGGGACACGGCCGGGCAAGAACGAUACCGAGCCAUCACAUCUGCCUAUUACCGUGGUGCCGUGGGGGCCUUACUGGUUUACGACAUUGCCAAGCACCUGACCUAUGAAAACGUGGAACGGUGGUUGAAGGAGCUGCGGGAUCACGCAGACAGCAACAUCGUCAUUAUGCUCGUGGGGAACAAAAGCGACCUGCGUCACCUGCGAGCCGUUCCAACAGAUGAGGCCCGAGCCUUUGCAGAAAAGAACGGCCUGUCGUUUAUCGAAACCUCUGCUUUGGACUCGACAAACGUGGAGGCUGCUUUCCAGACCAUUCUGACUGAGAUUUAUCGCAUUGUGUCGCAGAAACAGAUGUCAGACAGACGCGAGAACGACAUGUCUCCAAGCAACAACGUGGUCCCUAUCCACGUCCCUCCAACCACGGAAAACAAACCAAAGAUGCAGUGUUGUCAAAAUAUAUAAGAAGUUCAACUCCUGGAAAGCUGUGUAUAUUCCCCCAGAUCUGAAUGGAAGUAGCGCUCGAGCUGACAUUCCUCUUUUUCUUUUUCUUUUUUCUUGUUCUCCACUCUCUCUCCCCCCCUUUUUCUUUCAAUUACAUUUUGUCUUUCGUUUUUAUUCUCCUCUCUCCGUUCCCUCAUUUUGUCACCGUUUCUCCUCGUCUCCAACCUCAGUUCUGUGACUCAUCUCUUUUCCACACGCGGCUGCAGCAUCAUCGGAAUGCUAGUGUCCUGCAAGGCAAACCUGGUUCACCCUCACAGUGGGACUCCUGCCUGUCUGCCUGGCUCCCCUCGGGAAGGAGAAGAGAUGGCUUCUGUCUGUCGUUCACCAUUCAGACACUCCUGUCAACACCACGGUGUGAUUUGAUAACUCCCUUGUGUCCACCCUGGCCUCGGUGUUAGAGGCCGUCUCUCUCGGCCUUCCACAUCCUGGUGCCCUGCAAGACUACAGCUCCCAUCAUCCUUUUCAGCCCCACCAUUGGCCCGAGAUAAUGGGAGGUGUAGAAAAAUGGGACCAGAAAGAGCCAGGUUGUGAAAGCCAUUCUUUCAUUCAGUGGGCAGUUGAUGGCCUGGGCCCUUGGCAGUUUCCCCUCUGGGCCCUUGGCAGUUUCCCCUCUGGGCUCUUGGCAGUUCCCCCUCUGGGCCCUUGGCAGUUUCCCCUCUGGGCCCUUGGCAGUUUCCCCUCUGGGCCCUUGGCAGUUUCUCCUUUGGGUCAAAUGCAAAUUGUUUGUUGGGUAGACUUUCUUUCUGACCAGAGUUGUGAUCCUGUUUGGAAGACCAAGUCGGGGAUCGCCUCCGAGAACAGCUGGGCCUAAUGGAUUAGCAUCCCAGGCAGGGUCUCCGGUCCCUCCCUAGGCAGCUUGGUCCUGUGGUCUCACGUUUGGAAUUGGCUUUGUCGAGGCCCGCACGCGCGUAGCCUUUCGAUGGGUUUUUAUUCACUCUGAACAGAUGGAUGACGUCUCCCCUUGCAAGCAAAGAGAGGAUCAAUCAUUUGGCUGACGAUGCCGCUGUGCGAAUUAAAUUAUGGCAGUCCACCUGGCUCAGGCCCAACAUCUGUUGCCGGAUGUUGGAUGCCAUGUAGAAGAGCCAUCUCACUCUUCUUGUUAGUCCCUGCGGCUCGUCGCUGCAGUAGUUAAGUGUCUCGCAUGAUCCGGUAUGGGCCCAGGGGGAUCAUUUUGCACCUUGCACAUCCCGCCAUCGCCCGCCCAAGACUUGACUUAAGCUGGUUUAGUUUCUCGGGGGCUCCCAGUGCUUGGCCUGGAAGACCUCGAACCUCUUCAGUUGCACACUAAAAAGCCCGGGAUGCCUUCCUCAAGUGGUUGGGCACUUCUAGGUUUCUAGAGGACGUUCCUUUAUCUCAUUCCCCUAGGGCAGGGGUCUGCAAAGUCGGCUCCUUUAAGACUUGUGGACUUCAACUCCCAGAGUCCCUCAGCCAGCAAAGCUGGCUGAGGAACUCUGGGAGUUGAAGUCCACAAGUCUUAAAGGAGCCAAGGUUGGAAAACCCUGCCCGAGGCCUCCCCGUUUCAGUUUGCAGCCCACAUCGCCUGCGCGUCGGCAGCACUGUUCAAAAGAGGGGUGGGGUGUGCGCACACCAGCACAUACAGAAUUGUGCAGUCUCUGGGAAGCCCAGCUGAAAAGGAAAGGGUCCCUGAUUUAUUGGGGGAAGGGAGGGAGGGAGGGAAGGAAGGAAGGAAGAAAGGAAGGAAGGAAGUUUCUCGCAGAUCUGUUCUUCCUGCUGCGUUGAAAGCUACUCCACUCAGCUCGUCUGCCAGUCUUGUAGUGCUCAUGACGUGUAAGGCGCACCGAGGGCAUUGCUGUAGUCCGGUCAUCCUUCGGUUUUUGUUUUUUGUUUUUUCCUUCUCCAGAGUGUUUGUUAUUUCUCUGCACACUUUUUGUUUUUGUUCUUUCCCUUCCAGCCCCCACUUUUUUUUUUUUGUAAAUUGCUUUAUACUGUUAUGCACAUUCUGUACUUUUGAGUAUUUUUUAAGAUUGAUUUAAAAUUAUUCAUUUUUGGAAUUCUAAUAAAAGAAUCACAGGGGAUUGUUCAGAGUUUGUGGAGUGAACUUACUUGGAAUUUAGACUCUGACGGGCCUUUGAUACUUCAAAAAUGGAAGAGUGCCCUUGAGCCUGCGGGAAGAUGAUUGGGAUUAACGUGCGAAUAAAUUACGCGGAUCGA